AGAACAGUGUAGAAUGUGACAAAUAUAACUAUCAUUUGCCCAAUGAGACAUCCGUAAAUAUCAUUUUAAACGUAAGAAUUGAAUAAAUUUUAUCAAGGUAAGCUAGAAAUAACGCGAUGUAAGGAGCAGCUCAUUUGCAGAUAUAUUGAGUUGUGUAGCUUUUUUUUUAUCACCAGAUCGCGCCACCUCAAUAAUCGCGAAUGCGUGCGGAAUAGGAAAAUAUAACCUAAAACUAAACAGUUCUCAUUCAUAAUUGAAUAUUGUAAAUUAAGAUUAUUACGAACUUGUGAUUAAUGUAGUGCAUAAAAUUGACUAAAGAAAAAAAUCCAGUAUGGCCUUUAAUACGCUCAAAGUGGAGAACUUCUUCCGCCGAGUAUCUGCUGCUAGCAUAAAGAAAUAUGCAACAGCCAGCGAAGCUGUACAGGUCCAAGAGGAACCCCCGGUUCAUUUCAGAACUGCUGAGAGUAAUCCGGUUAAUCACACGACUCAGCAUCAGGAACGGUUUUACACAAUACCUAAUGACGUUUACAAAAAAUUAUACAGUGGCGGUGGGCUGCCAAAAGAGUUUAUGAAGCAAGUGAAAACCUUCAACGAAUGCUGUUUUUUGACCAGAUCGCCGACUAUUGAAAUUUUAUCUUACCUACGAAACACAAACUACAAUAAACCAGUCAAUAGAUAUGUCUUGUACGGACCAUCCGGAUGUGGAAAGACACUUUCAAUGGCACACAUUUUACACUAUGGAUUGGCAACACAGAAAGUACUGAUUCACAUACCUUGGGCCCCAAAUUGGUUCAGACAUCCGAAAGAAGUGGCCAAUUCGACUACCAGAGAAGGCUAUGUCGACUUACCAAUAGAUGCUGCUGCUUGGCUAAUACAUUUCAAGAAUCAGAAUUCCCAACUUUUGGAACAGCUCAAGCUCACUACCGACAAGGAGUACACGUGGAGUUUACGAGAAUCAACACCUCGUGGAGUACCCUUGAUGCAGCUGGUUGAUCUGGGAAUCAAUCGGGUGAGGUAUGCUUCGGAAAUAAUAAUCGCCCUUACCUCAGAGCUGAAGGAAGCCAGUAUUGCGGGAAAAUGUCAAACGCUAGUGAUGAUCGAUGGCUACAAUAUAUUCUUUACGGACCGCACAAGAGUAUUCACUGAUGCUAAAGCAAUGGUGCUACCUGACAAAGUAUCACUCACUAUUGCCGCAUUGGAAAUGACGAAAUACGAUUGGUGCAACGGAGCUGUUGUCGUGAGCGUGGAUCAAUUAGCUGUCGGGGGCAAAAAAGAAUCUGAUCUUCCAAGAUUGCUACUUGGAAAAGCCGGCUUUGAGCAUUUGGAUCCCUUUAUGCCAGUAUCUGUGAACCCCUACACGGAUUCAGAGUUUUAUAAUGUUAUGGAUUACUUCAAAGAUAGACGGUGGGUCAGAAACUGCGAUGAAGAGGGAUUACAAGAGUUGAAACUUUUAUCUGCCAAAAAUGGUUUCAAACUUAUGAAUUUAUGCGCAGCUUUGUAAGAUGGAUAUGUAAUAAUUGAAAUAAAAGUUGUUUAGCUUAGAA